AUGCUCAUCCCUAAGGCCGACCGCAAGAAGAUCCACGAGUACCUCUUCCGUGAGGGUGUUCUCGUGGCUCCCAAGGACUUCAACCUCCCCAAGCACCCCGACCUCGACACCAAGAACCUCUUUGUCAUCAAGGCCUGCCAGUCGCUCACCUCGCGCGGCUACGUCAAGACCCAGUUCUCCUGGCAAUGGUACUACUACACCCUGACCCCCGAGGGACUCGACUACCUCCGCGAGUGGCUUCACCUUCCCGCCGAGAUUGUCCCCGCCACCCACAUUAAGCAGCAGCGCUCGCACGCUCCUCCCCGUGGCAUGCUCGGCGAGGGCGAGCGCGAGAGGAGGCCGUUUGGCCGUGGCCGCGGUGGCGACCGUGGUGACCGUGAGGGUGGAUACAGGCGUCGGGAUGCUGGCGAGGGCAAGGAGGGUGGUGCUCCCGGGGAGUACGCUCCCCAGUUGUAA